AUGCGGCCCCCUGCGACUUACGGCGCCAGCGCUGAAGACAUAUGGUUUGUGGCCUUCAAACAAGAGAGUCACCAGACCUACAGAAAUAGACAUGGAGAGGAGAUUGCGUUCAGCCCGUGCGAUCCACCUCCGGGAUAUGUGUUCGUCCCUUCUGGUAAUACCUUCAUUACUCGGAGCUGCCGCAAGCUUGCACAGAAAUUAUUCGCUGUCUAUCGCCCUAUGAAUCGGAAAAGGCCUGCUACACAAAUAGGCCUCCAUGUCCCGAGGGACGUCUUCAAGAAAGUUGAGUCUGACUUCAAGGCGAAAAGAGCAAAGAUUGACGAAAGUUUGUGGCGGACUCUUGACAAAAGCUACCCCCAGAUUCCCUCCGCCGAUAAGAAUGAACUUCAUCGCCUUAUUUCUUCGCGAUAUCCCAGCCUCACUGGCAAAUCGGCUCUGGAUCACAGCGGGAUCAUAAUUUAUGCAUAUGUUCGGGAUCGGUACACGCCGUUCAAGUCUCUUGGUCUCUAUGGUGAAAGUCGGGAUUCCGAAGCGAUUACUGAGGCGCAUCAGAGAGCUCAAGAGAUUAUAGCCUCCUGGCGUGGCGAAGACGCGUCUCACGACGCCACCGUCCGGCAAAAGGCCCACCUUCGAAUCCACGGAUCCAACAUAUCCCAGCAAUCCCUCUUUCAGGCAGAGCCACGGGUGGCUGCGGACGACGGCGUCGCGGACGUGAAGCAUGCCACAGAGGGCCGCAGGGAAUGA